UACUUCCGUAUUUGUGCUGACGCGUCGUUAGCUUUUUCUAACGAAGCUAGUUUAUACGUGUCGGUCUUCUUUCACUGCAGGUCUAGAGGACACGCUGGUCACUUUCGAACCAUGGCACCUAAAGGAAGCAGCAAACAGCAAUCUGAGGAAGACCUACUCCUUCAGGACUUUAGCCGAAACCUGUCUGCAAAGUCCUCUGCGCUUUUCUACGGCAAUGCGCUCAUAGUCUCAGCAAUUCCCAUUUGGCUGUUCUGGAGGAUCUGGCAUAUGGACCUGGUCCAGUCAGCGAUCCUGUAUGCUGUCAUGACCCUAGUCAGCACCUACCUGGUGGCAUUUGCCUACAAGAAUGUCAAGUUUGUCCUUAAACACAAAGUUGCUCAGAAGCGGGAGGAUGCUGUCUCCAAAGAGGUGACCAGGAAACUCUCUGAGGCUGACAACCGCAAGAUGUCUCGCAAGGAGAAGGAUGAGAGGAUCCUGUGGAAGAAAAACGAGGUAGCGGACUAUGAGGCUACCACCUUCUCCAUCUUCUACAACAACACACUCUUCCUGGUCCUCGUCAUCAUCGCUUCCUUUUUCCUGCUCAAGAACUUUAACCCAACUGUUAACUACAUUCUGUCCAUCAGUGCUUCGUCCGGCCUUAUCGCCCUGCUGUCCACUGGAUCCAAGUAAAAGUAUGAGGAGCUCUAGGAAUGGGAUUGGAGUCAGUAAAGGGUGGAGUGAUGAAUGGGGCUGGGGUUUUUUUUAUUGGAGGGAAAGGGUGAGGUGAAUAAAAUAUUCAUUUGAGCAGUGAGGCUUCAGGAAAUGAAAUAUUUGGAGGUUGCUCCAAGGUCUGUCUGUCCAUCCCUUUUUGUACUCAUUAAACUGGCCAGAUCAAG